AGUGUUGCCGGGAGCGGAUGAUAUGGAGCUUGGUAGUGCCGUGCCGAAGUGGGCGGCGCGUGCGGGUGGGAGUGCGUGUUUGCACGACCGAUUGCGGUAUUGCUGCUUGAUGCUGUUGCUCUCCCGCGUUGCCGUUCUCGGUGCCUGGCAUGAAGGGGAGCGGGCUGGAUGUGCUUCCGCCGAGCGCGAGGCCACAAGCUGUAUUCCCAAUAGCCCAGUUGGCGUCUGGCAAGGAAAGGGGGAGUGUGUUCCGAGAUGAUGCAGUUUUGCACGGCGGCCCGUGUGUCUCUUUUUAUAUCUUGGGCGUGCAGCUGCCCUUCUCGCCCCGGUCGUUUGGGCUCUCCUCUCCUUCUGCCCUCCGUUACCUCUGCUUCAGAGCAGUGCAGCGGUCAAGGGAGCAGAUCCACUCGCUUUGUCCUCGUUUGCCACAACCCUGCUUCGCUCUCUCUCUCUCCCUCCCCUGCUUCCACCUUUCUCGCUCGGGUUCCCGAGGGACUGGGUGAAGAAGCGAGAGUGCAGCACCCCACGCAAGCUUCUCGCGUUGUUGCUGCACACUCCCUUGUGCUCCCCUUGGGGCUGAUCGGUCACAUGCUUGCUGCUCCGUCGGCCGCCUACUUCCAACCUUUCCACCGUAUCUCCUCAGCUCUGCACUUUGUGUGUGCUGAUAGGAACGACAAGGAAACAAGGAAGCCAAGUGACAAAUCGGACGGUGCAUUAGAUCAAGACGGAGACUGGCCGGUUUCAUGCCAACGCAGCCCUCAUUCCAGUGUGACUCCAGCAGAGGCCAACAACCAGCCACGCAAUCUGGACACCGACACAUCGUCCAUCCAGACCACGCAGUGAUAGAACAGCAGACUGACGACGUGGAGAACAGCAAAAGAUUGGUUGGAAAGUGGCAUCAGAACAAGACAGCGUCUUGAAGUCGUCGGCCCCACCUGGCGAUCGUCGCGUGUGUCUAGCGCGUGUCGUUGGCGAAGGCAGCGGGAAGCCUGGCCGCCGCCGCCGCCAGCAUGAACGCAGCAUCGCC